GAGCUGCGCCGUCAGCUCCGCAGCCUGCGCCCCCCGUGGCAAAGUUCGGCUCAACUUUGACGUGGGCCUUGACGCCCUGUCCCUUCCCACCAGGUCCUCUGCGCCCGCGGCGAACUAGGCGGCGGCUCCGGCGCAACCACGGGGUCCCGCACGGCGGCAGGCGGAGACAGCGACGAGGGGACGCGGCGCGCCCGCGUGGGGGCGGCGGCCCGCGCCCGCCUGUGGGCUCCGACGGGGUCUCGUGUUGCACCGGCUCUCGCCUCCAGGAAGCCGCGGGUCGGCGCUCGCCCCGGAGGGCGCCCGGACCUCCGCCGACCGAGUAGAAACGACCCUUCCAUUGAUUCAGCCCCGUCGUGCGUGUGUCCCGAGCGCGUGCGGAAGGCAGGAGGGCAGGAAGUCGGUCUUCUGCAGCGAGGGUGGCGGCGCCGUGUUGGGGACAGAGCCUUCCUUAUUUAUGUGUCUGCCGGCAUUCACCUUCUUCAGUGGAAGACUUCAGGGAGCGUCUCUGAUCUGCAUUCCCCACUUGUGAGGCACGGAAGGGCUGGAUGUCUGAACAACGUGAUUAUCCAUUAACGUCCAAACUUUUCUUUUUUUAACCCAAAGAAUAUCGGUGAUUUUUGUCCACUGCCAGCAGAAGAAGAGUGCACCCAGGGCUCUUGAAAUGCAGCAAAAUCCUUAUUUAUAAACAGGCCCGAGGUAGUGACAUGCAAACGCCCCCUACUCGGUGAAUUUUCUAUCCUAUGGAUAUCGGUCUUGAGAUUUGAGAUUGGAAAGCAGCACUGUCUGCACUGGGUCCGGCAGCCUCCAUCCUUUCAAUGCCCAGUUUUCUCUGGGACUGCUGGCCUUCCCUGGAGAUCAUAGCGGUACUGUGUGCCAUGGGCUGUAUUCAGAGCAUCGGGGGCAAAACCAGAGUCUUCAGGGAAGGUAUCACGGUGAUUGAUGUGAAAGCCUCUAUCGACCCCAUCCCCACCAGCAUCGAUGAGUCCUCCAGCGUGGUGCUCCGCUACCGGACACCCCAUUUCCGUGCCUCUGCCCAGGUGGUCAUGCCGCCCAUCCCCAAGAAGGAGACCUGGAUAGUUGGCUGGAUCCAGGCGUGCAGCCACAUGGAGUUCUACAACCAGUAUGGGGAGCAGGGCAUGUCCAGCUGGGAGCUGCCGGACCUCCAGGAGGGCAAGAUAGAGGCCAUCAGCGACUCGGACGGGGUGAACUACCCCUGGUACGGCAACACCACGGAGACGUGCACUAUUGUGGGUCCCACCAAGAGAGACUCCAAGUUCAGCAUCAGUAUGAAUGACAACUUCUACCCGAGCGUCACGUGGGCCGUGCCCGUCAGCGAGAGCAAUGUGGCCAAGCUGACAAACAUCUACCGGGACCAGAGCUUCACCACAUGGCUGGUGGCCACGAACAUCUCCACCAAUGACAUGGUCAUUUUGCAGACGCUGCACUGGCGCAUGCAGCUCAGCAUAGAGGUGAACCCCAGCCGGCCCCUGGGCCAACGUGCGCGGCUGCGGGAGCCCGUCCUCCAGGACCAGCCCAAGAUCCUCAGCAAGAAUGAGCCGAUACCGCCCAAUGCCCUGGUGAAGCCCAAUGCCAACGAUGCUCAGGUCCUCAUGUGGCGGCCCAAGUACGGGCAGCCGCUGGUGGUCAUUCCGCCCAAGCACCGGUAGCAGCAGGGGCGCCCGCGAGGCCAGACUCAGAUAACGAUACCGCUCGAGCACACCCCAUGUGGAGGCCAGUCAUUCAGCAAAAUACAACCAUUCUACCUUCUCCCAGGGUCGGGCGGUCUCACUGUGCAAAUGCCCCCCAGGCUGGCCGCCCCGGCCCUCUCGGAACCUGCUUUCUUGUGAGGAGGCGGGGAGACCCAGCCAGGACAGAACCAGUCCCACACGCACCCUGCAGUGUCACCUUGGGUCUUCAUUCCUCUCCUUUUUCUCACAAUUUCAGUCAUUCACUUGCAACAGACUCCCUGACACAACUGCUUUUUCAGUCUUUUUUUUUUUUUUUUAAAGCCUCUUUAGAGGUUCAGGGCUUGGAGGAGGAGCAGCUGAUAUGAGACUGACCCGUGCCCGUGCCUGAGGGCCGGGCCUCGCAUGGCAGCUGCCCCUCCUCCUGCGUCACGCGGCCUUAUGUAGACUUGCUUUGCCAAACCUCUGCCUUAAGCUGAACUUAAAGGAAAAAAACAAAACAAACCCGAAACAGACAAAAGAAAGCGGGACCUCUUUUCUACUGGACUUUUCAUCUUCUGCCAGAGGUGAGGGAGCAGUCGGGUCAGGGAUGAGAGAAAGAUUCGCUGAGCCCCUCAUCCCACCCUCCCUUCCAUCUUCCCUCCCGGGUGUCUUGGGAGAGGGGCAGGGGCACAGAUUUAGAUCUGAAACCAGCUGCUCCCUCUUUCGUUUUGGCAGAAAUGAAACCACAGACAGAUGCUGCAUCUCAGCCCCAGGUAGAAUGCCCGCCCCUCCCCCUACCUGCAGAGAAGGGCUGAGAGCUCUGGCUGGGGGUACAUCUGCAGGGGCUGCCUCUCGCCUCUUCCCAGCAGCCUUAACUUGCCGGGGUGGGUCUGGGAGACAGGGAGGGUCCUGUGAGCUACAGGUGGAGCCAGGGAAUUGUGGCAUCUCAGGCAGCACCCGUUCACGGCCUGUCUGCCGGCACAUCUAAGUGUGCGGCUUUUCCUUUUCCAUCCACACUGGUCCCAAACACUGGGGGGCAAGUCCCUUUGACCCAGUUUUAGUCCAAAGGUAAAAAGAAAGGCACCCCUUUCCCUCCAGGCUCCUCAGGGGAUGCCCCUCCCAGGCACCCUGGGGGAGGGCUGCAGAUGGGCCCUGAGCACCAGUGCUGGAGGUGGGGGAAGCUAGGAGGCGACACCCAGAGACGGGGUGGGGGUGGGGGGUGGGGUGUGUGUCUUGGAUCUGGGGAGGCAGGUGGCAGGCACCCCCAUGCUGCCUGUCCUCGAGGAAGUAAACCAGGGCCUAGGACCCCAGGGUGAGAGGCCUGAGAGCCAUUCUGGAGGCUGCUCUGGGACAGUGUGGCCAGUCCUUGAGGGCCACCCUCCCUCCGGUCCCAGGCCCUCUGGAGCCCUGGACUGGGUUCUGAGUGAUGCCAAGCUUUCUUACCAACUUCUGCCUUGAAGGCUGCUCGCAGGAGCUGUGGGGACCCCCCUCUCAAGCCCCCUUCCUCCAAGCUUGCCAAACCCACAGCUACAUCACCCAGGCCCCACAUUCAAACCAAUAAUAAUCAAGCACAGAAAACAGGUAAGGAAAACAAUCCCUUUCUGCCGCACAUGAGCCACUUGUAGGAGUCCCAGUGACAAC